CUCGGUGCCGAGCAUUCCACGUGCGCGAACUUCAACAAGUUGCAACUGCUCGCCUCUACACGCUAUCCGUCCCUUACUGCGUCUAAACCACAUACAAUAGUAUAUUCCGGGAUCGGUGAAGUGCAAUGUCCGACAGUCUGGCGGAUAUUCAGGGGAAAAAACCGAAGGUCCUAUUGGCAGACGGAGAGGAGAGAGAAGUGAGCAGCCAAACGAGUUCAAGCAAGUACAAGGUUAAGAGGACGGGAGACCAUUAUUACUGCACAUGUCCAGCUUGGCGAAUGCAGAGUUCAUCACCAAUCGACGCUAGGUCAUGUAAACACUUAAAAUCUUUGCUCGGUGAGGAAUACGAAAAUGCUCGAGUGGAAUGGAAAAAUCCUGGGGCUUCGAAGUCAAAAGGCACUGCUAAGAAAGGUGGUAAAGCGGCAACUUCGAAAGCUGCUAAGGCGUCAACUUCAAAGAAGCGGAAAAAUGACCAGGAAGAUGCCUCGGGCGAAGGUGACCAGCCUUCGAGAAAGAGGUCAAAGGGUCCCAAUGAAAGGGAAAGUGAGGCGAUAGGCGAGGAGGACGCCAACGAUGAAGACGAUGAGGACGAUGAGGACGAUUCAGCGAAGAAGAAACCAGACCUGCUUCUUGCGGUCAAAUGGGAUCUUGAUGGACAGGAUCCGGCUGGGUGGUGGGCGAGUGAGAAGCUUGACGGAGUCCGAGCUUACUAUGAUGGAAAGCGUCUUAUCAGCCGACUUGGAAAUCCAUUUGCAGCACCGCAAUGGUUCUUGGAUGAGCUGCCAAAGAAUAUAACCUUGGAUGGGGAGCUCUUUGCUGGGCGACGCAACUUCCAGGACGUUGUGUCGAUUGUUAGAGCGGCGAACUCACCAUCUUGGAAGGAGGUCAAAUACCAUAUCUUCGAUGUCCCUAGUGCGGGGAACGAGCCUUUUGAGCAACGUAUGAGCAUACUGAGCAAAACGUUCCUGGAUGGUUCCGAUACAUCCGAAGAGGGGGCAAGAUUUACUGGGAAAUCUAAAGUCGACCACGUCAUCGUUGAGCAACAGACGAUCGUAAGGGAUCGAGACCAUGUGUUGGAAAUGCUGAAAGAGGUGGAAUCUCGUGGUGGAGAGGGGCUCAUGUUGCGUGAACCCGGGUCAUUAUACGUGGGAACGCGAUCCAACACGUUGCUCAAGGUCAAGACCUUUUACGACGCGGAGGCAAGGGUGAUAGGUUACACAAAGGGUAAGGGUAAGCAUGCCGGCAAAACUGGCGCAUUGCUGUGUGAGAUGGCCUCUGGGAAGAAAUUCAGCGUGGGGUCUGGAUUGUCUGACAAGCAACGAGCCAAUCCGCCAUCGAUUGGUUCUAUCAUUGUGUAUCGCUUCCAGGAAUUGACUCGUGAUGGCGUACCCAGAUUCCCCACGUUUGCCGGCGAGUCUGCGGACAAGACGGAACCUAAAGAUGUGGUCGUCAAAGCAUAGAGGCACAUAUCUCCCGCUGGUUCUGAACAAUUGAUGCUCGGGUCUGCCCUGACUUAUCGUGAUCAUCAAGAACCCAGCGGUCUUGGAUCAACCCCUUUCUCGCCUAUCAUCUCUUGCCCCAAUCAUACGCGCCCUUGUUUGGUCGCACGACUCGUUGAAAAUAAGUUUCUGCUCCUGAUUCCCGUACUCCAAGUGUCAUGCCAACCACGCCUUUGUGCUGGCUUUGGAUAGUUAGAAAAAGGCAUACCCACUUAACACAGUCAUUCUAGUUUCUUCCCCACC